UGAAGGGUUAAGCUGCUGCUACUUGGCAAUAAUAAUAAAAAGCCAAACCCCUCUUCUGCUACAACUACAUACCCACCACAUUCCUGAGUGAUCAUGUGGCAUUUCUGGCUUUCCCUCCUGCACAACGGUAGAGAGAGAACCUCCUGUCACGAGGAUGCAAACAGGCAUACCUCCACCACCACCAAGAGUCACAGCCAUGCAGCCACCACCACCAGUCACAGGCAUGCAGCCACCACCACCAGUCUUCAGGCAACCACAUAGACAGUAUGCUCCCAGGCAUGAGCAGGGUUGGAUGUCUUCAGUUGAGGACCCAGAAGUGAUGCCACCACCAUUGACAUAUGACCCCUGGCAAGAUUCCUGGCCAGAGGAAUGUUCUUCUUUUGGCUUUGAGGGGGAGCCAAGACAGCCACAAAGGGUCCAUGUAUUUCCCCCCCCCCCCCAACACAAUCUCAGGGCAGUCAUGGCUUUUACACACAGAGUAUGUCACAAGAAGUGCCAACUGGACAGGCUGAGUGGUCACACACUGGUCAUCAGUGGGACUAUCAAUCCACCCUGAGAGCUCCCCCAUCCUCAUCACUUGGGAAAGCUCCACCAUCCUCAUCACUUGGGAGAGCUCCACCAUCUGCAGAUGUAAAUAUAGCUGAAACUGUGUCACAAGCACCAGCAGAUGCAGCUGACAAUGUCCCACAAGCACCAGCAGAUGCAGCUGACAAUGUCCCACAAGAACCAGCAGAUGCAGCUGAAAAUAUCCCACAAGAACCAGCAGAUGCAGCUGAAAAUGUCCCACAAGCACCAGCAGAUGCAGCUGAAACUGUCCAACAAGAACGAGCAGAUGCAGCUGAACCUGCACCUCAAGUACCUAGAAGCCCUGCUGCUCAAGAGCCUGUGGAUGCAUUGUAUUCUCCCCUGGGUGAGGAAUACAUUGCACUCCAGAGGAGGCUCAUAACAAGCUCUGAGAGCAGACAAAGAGGCCAAGAGAGGUUCUUCAGGAGCCAAGAGAGGUUCCACAGGAGCCAAGAGAGGUUCUUCAGGAGCCAAGAGAGGUUACACAAACGUAGCAUAGAGCUGCAGAGGGACAUGGCAGCAUCAUUAAGUGGAGGUGUUCAAAACCAGUCACAGAUGAUGCAAAUUAUGUCUGAUAUGCAGAUGCAGAUGGACAAUAGAUGGCGAGAACAAAAUCAGCUCUUGGGUGUGUUGGUUGAGCACUUUACACACCAGCAGGACACUGCCUCCAGCCUAUCAUCUGUGGCCAGCACACCAACAGAAACAUCAGAAUCUUCUGAAACCAGGAGAACAAGGAAAUCCACUCCAGUCACCUCAGCUCCUUCAUCCAAGGAGCCAAAAAAUAAAUAAAUAUUCUUACCAUAAA